UGAAAACAGAAUAUUUCAAGACAUUUAUCCCUUUCCUUUGGCUAACUCUCUCAGACCUGUAAGGGGACUGACAACUAAGUGGCCCUUUCUUGAAAUGUUAUGCUAUCCUUAGCCAACUUUCCUCUUACAUAAAUAAAUAAAUAAAUAAAAUAAAGCAUGAAAAGAGAGUCAGGAAAGCAAAAUAUUACUAACCCAGUGGUCUCUUUAAAGGUCCAGUGACAACAAGAAGACCCAGACCGAGACUCAGAUCAGCAGGAGCCAUGGGGACGCCGCAGCCUUCCUUCAUCUUCCCGCUGGUGGUGGGCUCCUUCACCGCCGUGUCCUACGUGUUCCUGGUGGCGGUGUACACGGUGCAGCCCACGCCCUUCAUUGAUGAGGCCUUCCACGUGCCCCAAGCUCAAAAAUACUGCGCUGGGAAGUUUAGAGAAUGGGACGCCAAGAUCACCACACUGCCGGGCCUCUACCUCUUCUCCAUCGGACUGAAUGGACCAGUGUCGUGGGUGUUGGGACGCCAGCUGUGUGAUGUCUUCUCCCUCCGCGUCACCAAUCUUGUUGCCGCUGCCUUCAUGCUCUCCUCACUCCACAAGCUUCUCACCUUCCUCCAUGGUACUAAGGUGGACGGGUGGAAGCUGAUCCUGGCGGGGGUGAACCUGUCGCUGCUGCCGGUGAUGUACUGGUUCACCUUUCUUUACUACACCGACAUCUUGGCAACGCUGGUGGUGCUGGUCAUGAUGUUGCUGCACUUCCACCGUGCCCCUACUGCUGCUGCUGCCAUGGGGGUGGUGGCGGUGAUGAUGCGCCAGACAAACAUCAUCUGGGUGGGGUUCCUGUGUGUCCUCCAGGCUGCUGAUGUCCUUGGAGCACGCAUGUUGAAGGCUCCUAUCAACACUGUGAAUGAUGCAAAGACACUGGUGAAGAGGCUCCGGAAGACAGCCACCAAGCCAUACCGUCUGGCGGAGGUGCUGGCGGAUGUGGUGGUGGAGUGCUUCGGGUAUGGCUUAGUGCUCCUCGGAUUUCUGGUGUUCGUGACGUAUAAUGGAAGCAUAGUUGUUGGAGAUCGCUCAGCACACCAAGCGACUCUCCAUCUCCCUCAGCUGGGAUACUUUGCUCUGUUCUUCAUCAUUUUCUCUCUGCCUCAUGUUCCUCACCACAUCAAGCCCUUUCUGAGAGUGUGCCAGCGUCGUCCUGGUCUCUGUGUCGCUGUUCUGGUGGCUGGCGUCAUGGUAGUGCAUUCCAACACACUAGUACAUCCUUAUCUAUUAGCCGACAAUAGACAUCUCACCUUUUACCUAUGGAACCGGUUUUAUGGAAGGUACGCAGCUGCUCGGUACAUCAUGGUCCCUGUGUACAUGUUUGGCGGGUUCAUGGUCCACUCGUUCAUUCAAAGCCGCAGUCUAGUGUUUCGUUUGCUGUAUCUCUUCUGCGUGAUGGCGACUCUAGUGCCACAACGACUGCUUGAACCACGAUACUUCAUCAUACCCUUCCUGGUGGCACGGCUGCAGACGAUAUCACGCAGCUGGUGGCUCCUGUGGGCUGAGACGCUCUACUUUCUUCUCAUUAACUGUCUCACUCUCUACCUGUUUGUUAGUAAGACUUUUCUGUGGGAGGACAGCACCGAGCUACAGAGAAUAAUUUGGUGAUGUGCUCGGCUGGGAUGCCCUUGUUUGUUUUGUGUUGUUGUGGUGUUUGUGGGUGUUUUGUGUUGGUUUUGGGUGUGGUAUGGGGAUGUUUUUCUUUAGUGUGUGUGUGUGUGUGUGUGUGUUUGUGUGAAUGGUUUUGGUAUCUUAUGUGUUUUUAAGUGUUUUUGUAUAUAUAUCUAUGUGUGUGUGUGUGUUUUUGUGUGUUUUUAAGCUUUCCUUGUAUAUAUCUGUGUGGGAGUUCUUUGUGUGUGUGUGUGUGUUUUUUAACUAGUUUAUAUCAAUGUGUUGGAGACUUUUAAGAGACGCACAUGUCAAUAUCCCAUUAAGUGUUGCAUGUUAUCCUGUGUUGCCUUGAGUGUUCCAUUACCCUUGUUUUCCACCUUGUCAGCACACAACACACCAAGUCGACCCAUGUUUCUCAAUCCAAAAUCCAAGUGUUUUAAGUGAGAAAUGCUUGUGCCCUCAAUCAACACUGUUUUCCAAGCCCUCAGAGAUGAAAUAGCCAGGUUCUUAAGUGUUUCUCCUGUCUGUGGUGUGUAAACUGUAUUCGUGUGUGUGUGUUGUAUAUCUUCCUAAAAAAAGUAUUAUUGUUAUUGAAAAGAUUUGUGUAUUGAUGUUAUUUUAUCCAGAUGUUUACUAAGAUAUUUUUAUUAUUAUUAUUAUUAUUAUUAUUAUUAUUAUUAUUAUUAUUAUUAUUAUUGUUGUUGUUCAUGUGUUACUCCUAUGGAUGUUAAGUCUAGUCUAUCCUAUUUAUCUAUUUGUUUACCUGUUUAUUCUUGAUUUCCUCCUAUAACUGAGUACUUGGUCAAAUACUCUCAUUAUUUGGUUGAGUAGAACCAUUUGUUAUAUAUGAAACUUGCCAUAAUGGAGGUUACAAUUCACAUUUAUAGAUUUGCAACCAAUUUUCCUUAUCUUAUAUUUUUUUUCUGCACCACUACCACUACUUAACUAAACUCAAAAACACCCUUUCCUCUUGACCAUUCAAUGCGAUUACUACUACAACUACCACUAACACCAUUUCUAACUGCUUCUAUCUCUUAACUAAACUCAAACACACUCCCUCCUUUUAACCUUCACUGAGACAAAGUACAAAGCUUUCAUUACCCAUUGAAGACUAGAGCAGACAGGAGAACAAAGGACCUGUAGAUAGAUGCCAAGGCAUCACCAAUACUCUAGAGUGAUGCUUAGUGACUCUGUAGCCUGAUAACCUCUGUAUUUUGUGAUAGAGAGGGGAUAUGUGUGACUGAAGAAGAGGAGGGAAAGGAGUAAGAGGUUGGAGGAGGAGGAGGAGGAAAAAUACAAUAAAAUCAAUAGAAAGUUCACAUUUUGGGAGGUAAUAAGGAACUGUGACUAGAGAAGAGGAGGAAGAUUUGUGAAGUAGAGAGAAGAGGAGGAAAAGAAGGAGGAGGUUGGAGGAGAAGGAGGAAGAGGAAAAAAAGCAAUAAAAUCAACAAAGAUAAAUUUUGUGAAGGUAAUAAGGGUGUGUGUGACUGAGGAAGAGAGAGAGAGAGAAGAGGAGGGAAAGAAGGAGGAGUUUGGAGGAGAAGGAGGAGUAAGGAUAGAUGUUGUGGAGUUAAUAAAGAUCUGUGUGACUGAAGAAGAGAGAGAGGAGAUGAGGAAAGUAGAAGGAAAAGAGAAAAAAAAUGAGUUAGAAAAUAGAAGGAAAAAUAGAAAAAAAAGGAAAAGUAGAAAAGAGAAGGGAACAGAGAAUAAAAUAAAAAGUAGAAAAGAAGGAAAGAAGAAAAGGAAAAGCAGGAGAAGGAAUAGAAAAGAGGAAAAAGAAGGAAACAAAUUAGAGAAUAGAAAAGUAGAAAAGAAAAGAUAAAUCAGUUAGCAAAUAAAAGGAAAAGAAAAGGGAAAGCAGGAAUAGAAAUGAGGAAAAGAAGGAAAUAGAGAAUAGAAAGAAAAGCAAAAAAGAAGAAAAAUCAAUUAGCAAAUAGAGGAAAAAAUAGAAAAGGGAAAGCAGGAAUAGAAGAGGAAAAAGUAGAAGAAAAGAGAGGAAAGAGUAGGAAGUCUGAGAGAAAGGACCUUUUUUUUUUUUUUGCACCUCUUGUAGUGAACUUAGUGGUAUUUAUGUGCUUGUAUGAGGAAACCAGAGACAGGUACUUUUUUAUUUCUCUCUCUCUCUCUCUCUCUCUCUCUCUCUCUCUCUCUCUCUCUCUCUCUCUCUCUCUCUCUCUCUCUCUCUCUCUGUGAACCUCCGUAUUGUUGUGCAAUUUCCUAUGACUGUAUUUGCAUUUAUUCGUAUUACUGUCAUUUUUUAACCGUAUGAGAGAGAGAGAGAGAAAGAGAGGGGGGGGUACUGAAUAAGGCUAGUGUUUGUAUGUAUAUAUCGUAAGUGUUGUGUUAUUAAUAUUAUCAUGUAUUUAUGUGUUUAAGUCAUGUUUUUUAUAUAUAUGAUGCACCUUAAAAGACAUUGGUGUGGGUGUGGGUGUGUGUGUGUGUGUGUGUGUGUGUGUUUGGUCCUGACAAGGAUUUAAAUGAGAAAUAUAUUUUGUGUAGAAUGUUUUGUUAUUAUUAUUAUUAUUGUUAUUAUUAUUAUUAUUUGACUGACUAUAUUUUUACCAAUACAAGAUAUGGUUCAAG